UCCAGACCGAGGGCAGCGGCUACCUAACUGGCCUCCUAGCCGGCUGCGGCGUCCGCCACCAUGUCCCUGGCGGCCUCAGCGGGCCGGGGCCCCGGGACCAUGUGGUCCCCUACACACGUACAGGUGACGGUGCUACAGGCGCGAGGCCUGCGGGCCAAGGGUCCCGGGGGCACGAGCGACGCGUACGCGGUGAUCCAGGUGGGCAAGGAGAAGUACGCCACGUCGGUGUCCGAGCGCAGCCUGGGCGCGCCCGUGUGGCGCGAGGAAGCCACCUUCGAGCUGCCGCCGCUCCUGUCCUCCGGGACCGCGCCCGCCGCCGCCGCCGCCACCCUGCAACUCACCGUCCUGCACCGCGCGCUGCUCGGUCUCGAUAAGUUCCUGGGUCGCGCCGAAGUGGACCUGCGGGAGCUGCACCGGGACCAGAGCCGCAGGAAGAAGCAAUGGUACACCUUGAAGUCCAAACCCGGAAAGAAGGACAAAGAGCGAGGAGAAAUUGAGGUGGACAUCCAGUUUAUGAGAAACAACAUGACGGCCAGCAUGUUUGACCUCUCCAUGAAGGAUAAGUCUCGCAAUCCAUUUGGGAAACUGAAGGACAAGAUCAAAGGGAAGAAUAAGGACAACGCCUUGGACACCGCCUCAGCCAUCGUUCCCAGCACGACACCCUCGGUCGACAGCGAUGACGAGUCCUUCUCAAAAGACAAGAAGAAGAAGUCAAAGAUCAAGACUUUGUUUUCCAAGCCGAGUUUGCAGAAGACCCCGCUCUCCCAGUCCAUGUCUGUCCUGCCCACUUCCAAGCCAGACAAAGUCCUGCUGCGGCCGGGAGACUUCCAGUCCCGGUGGGGUGACGAGGAUGACAAUGAGGACGAGUCCUCCUCCGCCUCGGAGGUCAUGUCCCAAAAGCGAACGUCCAGUACAGACCAUACCCAACCGAACCAGUCCAACUUCAGCCUUCCCAAGAAAGAAGGGCUCUCUUUCCUCGGUGGCCUCCGGUCCAAGAAUGACUCCCUUUCCCGGUCUAACGUCUGUAUCAACGGGAACCACGUUUACAUGGAGCAGCCAGAGGCCAAGAGUGAGAUCAGGGAGAGCAGCCCUUCUAAUUCCCCCUCCCCGCAGGGCUUCAGGAAAAAGCAUUUGUUCUCGUCCACUGAAAACCUGGCUGCCCGGUCUCCUAAGGAGCCAAGGGAAGGAGGUGGCAUGUCCUCUGACAGGCGACUGUCCGACUCUUCCACCAAGGACUCCAUGAAAUCCAUGUCUUUGCCAUCCUACCGACCCCUGACCACUGGGGACAGUAGAGAGGGCUUAUCUCCAGCAAACAUGGAGGUGGCUACCAAAGAGACAAAAGACAGCAAGAAGCAGGAGAGCAAGAAGUCCUCUUUGCUUUCUCUGGUAACAGGAAAGAAAGAUGUGGCUAAAGGCAGUGAAGGUGAACCUCUUCCCCCUGCCUCAGAGAAAGAGAAGGGAAGGAAGGGUGGGCUCGUGGAAGCCCAGCUGCGGGAGGAAGAUCUGGUGAGAAGACCUGAGAAAGAUGCUGUACCUGUUGCCUCCCAAUGGGGCAGCUCCCAGAACCCCUUUGAGGAUGCACAGUUCUCAGACCUGGAAGCCAGUGUGGAGUCUAAGUGUGAACCGAAACCACCAGUUCCUGCUCCAAGGACUCCCCAGACCAGAGCUGUGAAGCCUAGACUGGACGUUUCUCCAGAGGCUCAGCCCAGAGCUAGGCUUCCUCCCUCUGACUCUGCUCCCUUUGCCGCUUUUCUCUCUAGCUCUGCUCAGGCUCCUGUCCUUUCUGACUUGAGAUGUGACCCAGAGACACCGUUCUCUGAAAGUCCUUCUGCCUCCUCUUUCUCGUCUCCCCUAGCAGCUCCUAUCUCUACAUCCACUCCAGUCGAACACUGGCCCACAGACAAGGGCGAGGCCGAUGCUGAAGAACCUUCUUUGCUCCUCAGAGCAAUCUCUAGUGUAACACCAGCGGCAAACACUGGUUCUUCUGCCUCGAGAUCACCUUGUGAACAGCUUCCCACACCUGAGCGGAAGGGGCCGGAAGAGUCUUCACGGGGCAAGGCCAGAGAGUCAGGCACAGGGAAGGAAGCCGGCAGUGAUGAAUCAGAAAAGACCCUCAUCGGGCAGCAUGCAGAACUCUCGAAGAUUCCUUUCCCAGAGCGGCGUUGGAAUUAUGGUGGAAUGACGACUGCAACGUCCCCUGUUCGAGAGGAAGAGGCAGCCUCCUCAUUUCACAGUGUAAGGCAGAAGCAUCAGGAGAUGCAUCAGAAUGCCAGCGGAGGGCGAAGGAAGGCCAAGAAACGCGUGUCUUUUUCUGAACAGCUCUUUGUGGAAGAAGAAACAAAAGGACCCACUUGGCUUGAGGAAGGGGACAAAGGUCAUCCCCAGCAGCUGUCACAGGAAGGGCCUGUUGCUUCGAGCAUGCCCAGUGCAGGGUCUCCAGAGUCUCCCCACACAGAAGGCACAGGACAGGAACCUGUGACCAUCUCUUCUGAAAGUGAGAGUUUCUCGGAAGGCCCCCAAAGUGAAGCCAGCCCAGCAAGAGGUACCCAGCUUUGGAGGGAUGAGGAGAAGGAUGACCUCAUGACUCCCUGUCAGAGCAAAGCCAGCGAUCAUGAGGGUCUGCUCUCUAACCCCCUGAGUGACCUCCCGUCCGCCUCAGAUUUGAAAUCUCCUAUCAUGGCCGAUCUGAGCUUGUCUCUUCCAUCCAUUCCCGAAGUGGCCUCGGAUGAUGAAAGAUUCGAUGAGGCUGGAGGUGGAGGAAAGGGAGCAGGGCUGGCUGGUCUAGAAGCGGGAGUUUCACCCUUGAACGUGUCACUUUCCAUUCUGGAGACGGCAGGGCGGACUGGUGGCAGGGCACCUGAGUCAGUGCCCGUGGAGAAUCAGUGUGACCUCAGGCCCCAAACUCCCAAAGCGGCUCCUUCUGAGCAGACAGCAGCAUUGGGAAGUCCCAAGCCACAUCUUGGCAAGAGCUCAAGUGUGAAUGAAGAGUACCCAGGCCCCGGUACUGUGGACGAAGAGAAGCUGAAGGGAAGUGGGAGGCCAGGUUCGCCUCUGGACUCUCCCGUGCGCAGCCCCUCGCUCGCUGAGACCUUUCCCACCACACACUCUUUCCCCAGCUCUGCACCCUCCGAUACUGACCACACCACUGUAGCAGAAUCUCAAAAGCAAGCGACAGCAGAUGGCUCCUCUAAUAGAGUUGAGAACUUUGGCAAGAAGAAGCCACUUCUACAAGCCUGGGUCACACCCUCAGAGAUCCAUCCAGUCCCUGCUCAGCCAAGUGCGGGAGCUGGGGCAGCCAAGCACAGGCCUCACCCCGUGAAGCCGAUGAACACAACAGCCCCCAAGAUAACAAACUCUAGCUUGGGAACCGCCACCAUCAUCAGUGAGAACCUGAUCAAUGAGGCCCUCAUGAAGAAAUACCAGCCCUCGGAUCCAGCCUUUGCCUAUGCCCAGCUGACCCACGAUGAGCUGAUCCAGUUGGUCCUCAAACAGAAGGAAACCAUCAGCAAGAAGGAGUUCCAGGUGCGGGAGCUGGAAGAUUACAUCGACAACCUGCUGGUCAGAGUCAUGGAGGAGACCCCCAACAUCCUCCGAGUGCCAGCGCAGACAGGCAAAAAGGCUGGAAAGAUGUGAACUGUGGAAGGAAACACGUCCUGUGAGCUUGUUUCUACUGCCUCUGAGCUCAAGGGUGUGGUCUGCCUAGUGACCGGCCACAGGCUUCGAUUGCCUGGCCUGUACCUCCUCUGUCAAGAGUUAAUUCUAGUUGAGACCAGGUUAAUCAUUAUAAUGAAUCUUUACUAUACAUUUCCAGCAUUUUAUUUUUAAAUGCCACUGUGCCUUUGACUAAAUUGUAAAUAUAAUAUUUGAUCCGAUGUAUUUUAA